CGUGGAACACUUAGAGAAACAGAAAAUGAUCCAGAAAUCUAUGGCUGCUCUGACCUCUUUCUCUCUUCUUCGUAAUUAUACAACGACUGGAAGGAUUUCUGCAAGUGUUAGAACCUCUCCAGGACUCUCUGCUUAUCCCAGCUCCAUCAAUUUUCUAACAGCAAAUCGCUCACGCAGAUAUCUAUGUCAUGCUAGUGCUACACACGAUGAAGAGGCUGCUGCAAAGGCAGCUGCAAUCAAUGCUGAUAGUGGAGCUCCAACCAUAUUUGAUAAGAUCAUAUCUAAGGAAAUUCCUUCAACCAUUGUGUAUGAAGAUGAUAAAGUCUUAGCAUUCAAAGACAUCAAUCCACAGGCUCCUGUUCAUGUUUUGGUCAUUCCAAAGUUUAGGGAUGGAUUGACACAGCUCGGAAAGGCUGAACAAAGACAUGGAGAGAUACUGGGUCAACUUCUCUAUGCUGCCAGAAUCGUUGCUGAAAAAGAAGGCAUUCUUGACGGGUUUCGAGUAGUCAUCAAUAACGGUUCAAGUGCCUGUCAAUCAGUUUAUCAUCUUCACUUGCAUAUCCUGGGUGGGAGACGGAUGCAAUGGCCUCCAGGUUAAAUAGCUGAAUCGCCAAACGUAUGCCUUUAUAUUCCUUUGUGCUUUUUAUGUCAUCGUUUCUGGUGUUUGAGAGGGUCUAGUGUACUUUGAAGUUGUAGAACUAACUAUUUAAUCACUUGGGGGAAGCAAAAUGUUGAUCAAUU